CCGGACGCCUGUGGCCAGAGCGGCCACCGGGUAGGAGGAGGGGGCAGCGGAGGUGCUAAACUCUCCGGUUGGGCGCCGCGGCCCGCAGCCCCGCGCUCCGGCAUGCAGGCGCGGCGUCUAGCCAAGCGCUCCAGCCUGGGCAGCCGCCGCGGGGGCGCCGCGCUGCAGCCGGCCGGGCCCGCGUCCACGCCCGCCAAGGAAGCCGCUGUGCACGGGCUCCCGCCGCCUGCCCUGGGCCCUGCCCCGGCCCCCGAGAGCUGGAGGCCGCCGUUGCCGCCGCUGCCGCGCAGCACAGGGACCGGCUCCCCGCGGGCUGCCGGUGCCGCCGCCGCGUCGCCCGUGCUAUUGCUUCUGGGGGAGGAAGACGAGGACGAGGAAGGCGGGAGCAGGCGGCGCAGGGGGCUCGGGCGGGUGGAAGAGAAGCCCCGAGGGGGCGCCGAAGAGGAGGAUGACGAGGAGGAAGAUGAGGACGAGGAGGUAGUGGUCGAGGUGGUGGACGGCGACGACGACGACGACGAUGGCGAGUUGCGUUUCGUGCCGCUCGGACCCGGUCGUGUGGUCACCAAGGGCCCAGCCCGGGGCGCCUUAAAGGUGGGGAGUAUUAAGCGGGAAAUGACCUUCACGUUUCAAUCAGAGGACUUAAAGCGUGACUCUAGUAAAAAAAUGUCUCAUCACUUGUUCCCCUUGGCCAUGGAAGAAGAUGUGAAAACAGCAGACACCAAAAAAGCCAAUCGAGUCAUUGACCAUGAAAAGGAAAACACUCGAUCCAUUUGCCUCCUUGAACAAAAACGAAAAGUUGUUUCUUCCAAUAUUGACGUUCCUCCAGCAAGAAAAUCUUCAGAAGAACUAGACAUGGACAAAGUGACGGCAGCAAUGGUACUAACCAGCUUGUCAACCAGCCCUUUGGUUCGAAGCCCUCCUAUGCGGCCAAAUGAAGGCCUGAGCGGAUCCUGGAAGGAGGGCAGCUGUGUCCCUUCCAGCAGCAGCAGCAGCGGCUACUGGAGCUGGAGUGCCCCCAGCGACCAGUCCAACCCGUCCACGCCAUCACCACCGCUGUCUGCCGACAGCUUCAAACCCUUCCUCAGCCCGGUGCAGCCCGAUGAUGGCAUCGAUGAGGCCGAAGCCAGCAACCUGCUCUUCGAUGAGCCCAUUCCCAGGAAAAGGAAGAACUCCAUGAAAGUGAUGUUCAAAUGCCUUUGGAAGAACUGUGGCAAGGUGCUGAGCACUGCUGCAGGUAUCCAAAAACACAUCCGGACUAUCCAUCUCGGGCGUGUUGGAGACUCUGAUUAUAGUGAUGGAGAAGAAGAUUUUUACUAUACCGAGAUCAAGCUUAACACAGACUCCAUGGCAGAUGGACUGAGCAGCCUGGCCCCAGUUUCUCCCUCCCAGUCCCUGGCUUCACCUCCUACUUUCCCCAUCCCUGACUCAAGCCGGACAGAAACUCCUUGUGCCAAAUCUGACAGUAAACUGAUGACACCAUUGAGCCGCUCAGCUCCUACCACCCUCUACCUCGUGCACACGGACCAUGCUUACCAGGCCACACCCCCUGUGACCAUUCCAGGAUCAGCCAAGUUCACCCCUAAUGGCAGCAGCUUCAGCAUUUCUUGGCAGUCUCCUCCAGUCACUUUCACAGGCAUUCCAGUGUCACCAACACAUCAUCAUCCCGUGGGCACCGGAGAGCAGAGGCAACACGCCCACACGGUCCUGUCCUCCCCACCCAGAGCAAUAGUCAGCCUGAGGAAGCCCAGGGGAGAGGGCAAAAAGUGCCGGAAGGUGUACGGAAUGGAGAAUCGGGACAUGUGGUGCACGGCCUGCCGCUGGAAGAAGGCCUGCCAGAGGUUCAUCGACUGAGCCAGCCAGGGGCACCGUGCCUGAGCUGCUCCUUCUUUCGCCUCCCACCGCAGGUGAUGGAAAGAGUUUCUCCUUCGAAACGAAGGAGGCCCAGGGAAAUCCCUUCCAGGAACCGUGGUGGAAUUACAGCAAAACAAAAAAGAAAGAGAAAAAAAAUACCACCUUCCCUACUCCUGCUGAGAACCCAGCCAAGAGCAACUAGAAAGAUUUCUUUUUUCCUUUCAAAAGAAAAAAGUCAGCUCUGUUUGCUGUGAGUCUCGGUCUUAACACUGUGGACUUCUGUAGCAGUUGAACCAACCAAGUCCAUUUUUCCUAGGAAGGAGGCAUAUUUUGAUAAUAAGCUUUCUGAAUUAUGGUAUUUCCAAGGCUUUUUUUUUUACACAUACACAUAAGCUACAUGUUGGUAGCAUUUGUACAAAGAACAAUACAUACUUUGUGAAUAGUCUUUUCUCUGUUUUCCAGUUAGCUCCUUGGAGCAGUUGACAUCACAAUGUGCUGCAGGAAGGAGCAGCACUCUGGGUAUCUUUUCUGAGUCUGUUUUGUUUUGUUUUGUUUUUUAAGCGUGGCCCCCAAUGGAACCAUGCUAGAGCUGUUAGCUUGGAGGGCCCCUGAUGGCAUAAGCUGGAAAAGCGAUUGGCAGUGGAAAUCACCAGCAGACUUCACUCCCAGUUGAGUUCUGAAGCCGGUUGUUAAGACUGGGAAACAUUUUGAAGUCUUCCUGGGAUCUGUUAGAAGCUCUUUCCCAAGAAGCGGCACAGCCAGUUCUCUACCUACCCCAACUAAGACAGCAAGUGGCUCGGUUAGCCAUCUGGUAAGCCUCGCUGCUUCUUUCAGGGAUCGCUACAAGUGCAGCUCAAAUCUGUUGCACUACUUGUCCAUCAAGAUAGUAGCCAGGUCCAUGGGUCAUCUGUCCUCCCCUCCAGAUUCCACCACUGACUGAUGCCAUAAAAGAUAGAGAACUCCAAGGCCCCAACAGGUUUGCUUUAGGCAACAGAACAUGUCUGACAUGUCCCCAUCUGCUCAGAAAGUCCGAUUUAGGUCAACAAACCAACUGCAUUCUGAGUGCACUUUUAUAGGUUUGAUGCUUUAGCAUGUCUGGAAGAUGGGUCCAUGAACAAAGUGAACAUUAUGUGGAUAAAUAGAAGACCUAAGCCUUUAUUUUUCUUACAAAGAAUUUUGGAGCUAUUUGUUAGGCAUUCCCUCAGAAGGGAACAUAUGGAACAAGAGGAAAACACAUGUCGGUAGAGGAAUCUUUCAUUGAAUAGGAUCAGGGCUAGCAUUGGGCUCGUUAUUGGGAUUACUAACCUGUUGUCCUUGCUUCUUUGUAUAUGUGGGUAGUGGGUGGAGAGUGGGGAGAAGCUGCCCAGCCCCAUAAUGAAACUCAUUCUCCAUCUGUCCUACUCUGCUCAAGUUGUAUUCCUCCUGUACCUAUGCAAUGAAGUAUGAGUAGCCUAAAGGUGGCACUGUGUGGGGAGGGGGACAUAAGAAGUUUAAGUGAAAUUGCACAGAGAAAAGCUUAAUAUAUAUGUAGAGAUUGUACAUAUGUUUUUUUUAAA